AAAAGGAAAGAGGAAAAGGAUUGAGAGAAAGAAGAAUGAAUGACGGUAGAGGAGGAUAGAAAAGACCGCCAGGGCAAAGCAGCCCCCGGUCGGCGGGAAGGAGCAGCUCUGGCAUGUGGGGAUCUCCGGCACCAACAGAUAUUUUGAUGGCAUGACAAAUCAGAAAGAAGAGGAUGUACUGUAUGACUAGACACAAGAUCAGUUCUGUUUGUGGAUUACAUUUUCAGUAAGAUGUAUGGAUCUAUUUUUUCCUUGUUCUUAAAUAUAGAUCAUGAGACUUGACUGAGGCAAUAUACAUAUCAUCCAUCCAUCUAUGGCGAACUACAGCCAUGCAGCUGACAACAUUUUACAAAAUCUCUCUCCUUUAACAGCUUUUCUGAAAUUGACUUCACUGGGUUUCAUAAUAGGAGUCAGUGUGGUGGGUAACCUUCUGAUCUCCAUUUUGCUAGUCAAAGAUAAGACCUUGCAUAGAGCUCCUUACUACUUCCUGUUGGAUCUUUGCUGCUCAGAUAUCCUCAGAUCUGCAAUUUGUUUCCCUUUUGUUUUCACCUCGGUAAAAAAUGGCUCUACGUGGACGUAUGGGACUCUUACUUGCAAAGUGAUUGCCUUUUUGGGGGUUUUGUCCUGCUUUCACACUGCUUUCAUGUUAUUCUGCAUAAGCGUCACGAGAUACUUAGCUAUUGCCCACCACCGUUUUUAUACGAAAAGACUGACCUUCUGGACUUGUUUGGCUGUUAUCUGUAUGGUGUGGACUCUCUCUGUAGCCAUGGCUUUCCCCCCAGUUUUAGAUGUGGGCACCUACUCAUUCAUUAGGGAGGAAGACCAAUGCACUUUCCAGCAUCGUUCCUUCAGGGCUAAUGAUUCCUUGGGAUUUAUGCUUCUUCUUGCCCUUAUCCUCCUAGCCACACAGCUUGUCUACCUCAAGCUGAUAUUUUUUGUUCACGAUCGCAGGAAAAUGAAGCCAGUCCAGUUUGUUGCAGCAGUGAGCCAGAACUGGACUUUCCAUGGUCCUGGAGCCAGUGGUCAAGCAGCUGCUAAUUGGCUGGCUGGAUUCGGAAGGGGUCCCACACCUCCAACCUUGCUGGGAAUCAGGCAAAACGCGAACACCACAGGCAGGAGGAGGCUACUGGUUUUAGAUGAAUUCAAAAUGGAGAAGAGAAUCAGCAGAAUGUUCUACAUCAUGACAUUCCUCUUUCUGACCUUGUGGGGUCCCUAUUUGGUAGCCUGUUACUGGAGAGUUUUUGCAAGAGGGCCUGUAGUACCUGGGGGAUUUCUAACGGCCGCUGUCUGGAUGAGUUUUGCCCAAGCUGGAAUCAAUCCUUUUGUCUGCAUUUUCUCCAACAGGGAGCUGAGGCGCUGUUUCAGCACAACCCUUCUUUACUGCAGAAAAUCCAGGUUACCAAGGGAACCUUACUGUGUUAUAUGAGGGAGCAUCUGUAAAUCUUUAGCCUUGUGAAACACUACCAUUCUCUGCUAAGCAAUUGUGGCCUGUAGCCAUGUCUUGAGGAGAAAAUCAAGAAUGGGAUGUCAGCAGCUGUAAGGAUUUGGGCAACAUUCUGCAGUUUCUGCAAUAGCUCACCUCUAAUCCUGUUUUAAACCUAAACAUGUUCCUGCUGACCACUGCUGAAGGUUUGUAAUUAAGAACAAAGGACUGAACUACUGCCCUGAAUUCCUUUAUGUGGUUGAAAUCUAGAUUAUGAAAGUAGCAGGUGCUAAGUAUCAGUGCUAAAUGCUGUGUAUAUCACUACAUAAAAUACGAACAUCAAAAAGAUUAGCAUUGGACGUCUUAAUAAAUUAAGUUGAUAUGAGGUUAAUGUGUUGAUAAAACUAAUUUUAGACAUCUGAAGACCUUUAAAACAUUUCAUACAAUUAUUAUUUUGCAAAGACUGAAAACUGGGGACUCAAGUACUGUAACUGAUUAAAGAUGUGCCAUGCAUUAUUGGAUUAUCACACUUACAAAUCUGUUUGCCUUGUGAGUAAGUUUUGGGGAGCAUUCCAAAGCAGUAUUUUUGU